AUGCCCAUCCCCCCACCGGGAGGGCACGCCGCUCCCUCAGACGACUGGUCAGAGGACCCGUCAUUUGAUCUGGGGAGCGACAAGUCAUUCUCGUCGUCCGGCGGCUCACCUUCGUCUCUGUCAUCGUCUCGGAAUUCUCUGAGCGGACGCGUCUCGGGAUCGCCAUUGCGGCAAAUGCACAACAAGAUGUCGCUCUUCAUCAAACCCUUACCGGAGCGGGACGACGAAGACGACGACUUUGACUUUGAUGACCUCCCGGACGCGUUUCCCACCCCUUCCAACACAAUCAAGGGCCCACUCUCAGCCCUUGUCGCCGCCUCGUCCACCGCAUCGUCCUCAACACCCAAAGCGUCGUCCCGCACAACAUCGGGAGGCUCCUCGUCGUCUUUGCGCUCCCUGACGGCCACUGUCGUUGGACAGGGACCCACCGGUGUGGGCACCAUUACGCGCCUGGGAGCAGCAACCAAACGUGUUUCUGGUGGCGGCCUUCCCAUGGGCUCGGUGCGCGCGCGCGCCAAGGCGAUCGAAAAGGCAUGGGAAGCCGAUGUCGACUUUAGCAGCGUCCCUGCAGAGCCUCGAUUGAAGAAACUGUCAUUGUCGCCAGGACGAGCAAAACCCAUGCCCGACGCAAACGCUCUGGACGCGUUGGGCUUUGACCUGGACGACGAGGACCAGGACACAUUACGAGCUGGAGCCACAAUCAAGGCCAUGUUGCCACCUCCUCGCCGUCGAGAAGGCAGCGGUACCGCGUACGACACCAUCAAGGCUCCUCCCCCACCACCAGCGGCAGCAACCCCAGUGGGCACCAUCAAGGGCCCACGAGCACCCCCACCUCCAUUGAAACUCGAGGAAGACGAUCUCGAAGACGACCUCGUGCUUCCCCUCAAUCUCACGAACCUCACCCUCGCUACCCAAUCUUCUGCCCAACCGCGCGUGUUGCGCCCCCGUGCCUCCAUGGCGUCUGUCACGACCGACUGGGAUUCCCCAAGUACUGCAUCUACAAGCGGGCGCAAGGCUGGCGCGUUCUGGGGAGACGAGAGCCCGGGGCAUCGUACCUCUGAGACGAGCAUGACAAGUGUGAGCGAUGAGCCACAUGAGAAGAGCAGCAUCAAGCACGACGACAUGGACGACGACGACGAGGGGUUUGAGGCCGACCUUGUCAUUCCCGACAUGUCACUCUUUGCUGCGCGCCGGACCAACGUGCUCAACUCGAUCCUCGAUAGAAAGCGGAAGCAACAGUAUGCGCCGCCGCCACCCCCAGAACGCCAACGUACCGAGACAGCGCGGGGAGACGACUCCUUCGAGGACGGUCUGGUGUUCGACAACCCACGCAGCGACCUCAGCAGCCGCCGGCUCGAGAAGGAGAAGACUCGUCGCAGCAUGCGCACCGUGCCGGUCCCAUUUACGCUCGGAGCUGAGCGCAAGCAGCGGACAGUGUCGGGGGACAGAGAGCGGCUUGGUCGCCAGUCGCCCACGCCAAACGUUACCAGUCGUGCCGGUGGCGCGUCGCUCGGACACACCACGGGGCUGCGCAAUGUCUCGGGCGGCGCGCCCACGCCAAGGGAGCCUGGUGGUGCUCUCCGAACCCGACCAGAAUCACCACUUGUUGUAACGCGAGAGAUCCACCGUGCACAGUCACGCCCACGCUUGAUUUCCGGUGGUGAUAUGCCACCGCCACCUGUCCCAUCCUCCUCCACAGCACCGUCGUCGGCUCGCCCAGAGCCAACCACUCCGUCACGGCUGCGAACCCAAAAAUCAUUCCACUAUUUGCCACCAUCACCAUCCCCGUCCGUCGUGCGCAAGCAGUCUCUCGCAAGCCUGCAGGAUGCUUAUGCUGGGGGCCACCAGCGUGCCGACGCCGAACCACCACACCACCUCGACCCCCAUCCUCAUACUGGACCUCAGCUGCGGCAAAUGUACUCUACAUCCCGAUUAACGAUGCCCACCUCGUCCUCGCUGGCCAAGAUGCGUCCGCCCAUCCACAACUCGUUCCCUCGUGCCGGGGAAGCCACUCGGCCCCGCUCCCGCAUGGAAGCCACACGACGAACCAAACAGUGGGGCGACGGUACCGAGCUGGAAGGUAUCGAGGAUCUCCGUGUGGAUACUUCCUCUACCCCGGCGUCCGCAAGGCCACGGAAGUCUCUGGAAAACAAGUCUCCGGUCAGCACGCUUAGGGGUGAACCAUCCGAGCUCCGCAAGAAGACAAUGUCGUCCAAGAGGCGACCCCGGCAACCGGCUAUGCUCAUCAAGAACCUCGGCGCUGUGGAUAAAAGGAAGGUCGUCGGCGAUAUGACCUGGAACCCUCAGACGUUGCGGUGGGAGGGUAACGAGGCCAUCUUGCGCGACUUUGACGUCGUCGCGUCGUCGACUCGGCCAGCCCUCAUUGCGCACUACACUGGCUCGUCGCUCGGUUCGCCACUGACCACCGCGCCAUCGUCCGUCCGCAUCGUGGGCGACAUGAAGUUUGACCCCGAGAAGAUGUGCUGGGUGUCUCUGCGUCCACCCGAGGAGGACGAGCCGGACCCGUUCGAGGGUAUGGCCGAUGACGAGGACGAGGACCACCUGCGCGGAACCAUCUCACGCGCGCCCGGCCGCAAGCUCGUCUCCAUCGGUCUCAGCAGCGCCCACGGCUCCGCCGUCACGGGCUCGGCCCUCAGCCAGCGCUUUGUCUCGGACACGAGCCACAGCAUUGCCAACUCGACCGCGAGCUGGGAGGAGCGCACGUUGCCCCAGCUGGGCACCGAGAUUCCGCCCGAGCUCUGGGCAGAGUGCAAAGAGGCCGAGGACCGACACCGCCGCGAGAUGCGUGGGUGGACGCUGCGCCCCGCCCAGUCCACUUCAGACUUGCGCGACCGCGAGCGGAGGGAGGAGAAGCGGCUGUGGGAGGUGCGUAACCUGGCGUUGCGCUCAUAG